UAACAAAUCCCCAUUUUACUGUUGGAAAAACUCUCGCAACUUUAAAUUAUAAUUAAGUGUGUAUUGCAACUACACCUGCCUAAAUGAUUGGCACCGAUGAAAUGUCAUCCACUGGCAUGGAUAUUAGUGAAUCCUUUCGUCCGGAGGAUAUAUCGAAAACAGAUUUUUUCGAUUUUGUCACAGCCCCCGAUAUGGGUAUUGGCCUAGGGGUCAAUGUUAAUUUACAUCAUAGUCAUCACUCUCAUCAGCAUCAUCAUCACCAUCAUCAUACGCAGCAUCAUACACAACAGCAGCAACCACAACCUGCUCUCUCAAUGACACAACAACAGCAGCAACAACAUCAUCACAACAAUAAUAAUAAUAAUAAUACUCAUCCGCAUCAUGGGUCUCAACACCAACAUCAACACAGUACUACCACAGAUCGAACAAUGACUCAUGAUGGCGGUGGUGGCGGUGGUGGUAACGGUGGCAAUGUUAGUAUAGGUACUAGUGGUGACAGUCAUAAUGAUGCUAGUGGUUUAAGUGAUGGUAGUUCGGCGAGUACAACAGAUCCAACAUUACAUGGUUAUGAGUUUUGGUCUACUACUGACAAGGAGCACACUUCUACCAUCUUUGAAGAUUUAGAUCGUUACUGCUGGCAGCAACAAUCAAACACCACUGCCUCUACAAAUAACUCCUCAGCCACUGUAAUGCAUCAUUCAACACCUGCCAAUACAUUAAAUCCUUUACACACCAGCACUGUGAAUCCUACAUCGCCGCAUAAUCAUCACUCGCCUGCCCCAUCCGUAACCACACCCACAUCAUUGACCUCAACACCCGUGCCACAGACACAACUGAAUAGUGAUGGUACCAUCUCCAAUAUCAUCUCUACCGAUGGCCAAAUUUAUACACUGACAGUAUUAAAUGGUAAUGAACCAUGGUUGAAACGAGAUUCAGAUGCCCAUCUUAAUAGUGCCCUGGAUUUGGACAGUCUAUUGGGCACAUUUCCGGGUUAUAUUAAAUCUGAAUAUCCUUAUGAUGAUAGUGGUUUCAGUACGGACGGCUGUAAGGAUGUGAAUAGUGAGGCCUCCAAUGUUAUGAACAGCAGUAGUAGUGGUGGUGGUGGAGGCGGAGUAAUUGCCAACAAUCAACGUUUACCUUCCUUGCUUAACACAAUUUCGGUAACGAGUAGCGGGGCAGGAGGUGGUGUUGGCGGUAAUGUCUCAAAUGCAUCGGACAGUGUUUCAACAGCUUUAAGUAUUGGCCAGCAAUUGGAUCAGUUUCAUAAUAACAAUAAUGAUUGGCAUAUGACGGAUCAUAAUAAUGAACAGAAUUCCGCCGAAUCUCUAUUACGUAGUGCCCUACAAGGUAAAGGUUAUUCCAAAGGUCUACACAUGCACAAUGGUAUUACAUUAAUGUCAACAUCACCCACAGUCAAAGACGAAGAUAUGCGGAGAAUAUUGUUUCCGGUCGAUACCGACGGCUUAAAUUUCUCCGAUACUUCACUAACUGCUGCACAAAUUUUCGAUGAUACUCAAUCAGCCAAUGGUCAUAACCCGCACAUGGUUGUGCCACACUCACCCGUCACAAAUGGUCCCCUAACGCCAGUCACAAAUAAUCCAAAUAACAAUAAUAACAACAGCAGCAAUCCAGCGGCCAGCCUUAUAGUUGACGACAUGUUCCUAACAUUAGAAAAUGCCUUCAGUGAUGAUUUUGAGAAAAUCAAACAGUUUUGUACAGCAGGAUCUAAUACAAAUGACUAUGGCGCAAAUGAGGUGAUGAUGCAAAUUUCACCAAAUGUUAAUGGAACAACGGCAUCCACAGCUACUAACCCGGGCAGCAUACCAGCGGUGACAACGUGUAAUCAGCCAAUGCUUACAAGUCUGCAUGGUGCAGCAAUAACCUCGACACCAAAUAAUGCCUGUAGACUGUCGACACCAGUAGGCGGUAUGGCAGCAGCAACAAUACCAACACAACAACAACAACACCAACAGCAGCAGCAACAACAACCACCACCUCAGCCAUUGAAACCGGAAGUGACCACUUCAACACAGCGCAUUGUGUCAACAGCGAAAGUAACGAAGAAAUACAAACGUACAUUAACAACAGCUCAUCACAAUAACAACAACAAUCCAAAUGUCAUUAAUCACAAUAACAACAACAACACAACAACUACUAACAAAGGAUCCUCAAACACCAUGACACUAACAAAUGGUCAAAAUCGUAAUGGCAAUAAUUCAAGCAGUGGCAGCAGCACCAACAGCAGCAACAGUCCCACCCAUUGUAAUGGCAUGAUGGCUGCAGGUGUUGGUGGUGGGGUCAUAGGUGGUAACACCGCUACCACCAACUCAGCCAACACUUCUUCGACCACCUCCUCCUCAUCGUCAUCUUCAUCAUCCGCGCCAGGACAACGUAAAGAACGUUCUCUGCACUACUGUUCCAUAUGUUCGAAAGGUUUCAAGGACAAAUAUUCUGUUAAUGUACACAUACGCACUCACACAGGUGAGAAACCGUUCGCCUGCACUUUGUGCGGCAAAAGUUUUCGUCAAAAGGCCCAUUUGGCCAAACACUACCAGACCCAUAUGGCCCAGAAAAAUAACGGCAAUUUGGUAAAGGGUAGCUCCAGCAAACAUCACCGUUCCUCAAAUGCACAAAACCUAAAUACAUCCGCUAUGGCUGCACACAAUCAUCCGCGAUCUUUGAGUCUAGCAACCACACCAAUCACACCCUCAUCGAUGGCCGGCUCUAAUGUGGGUGGUUUAGUCAGUGGCAUUUUGUCGUCCAGUGGUCUACCACCUCUGGGUGUUCCUGUCUCCGCCUCAUCGGCUCCUACAACGCCCACUACAAUACUGCCUCCGGCCAAUGGUUUGCUGGCUAACAGGUAGAAUUUAUUAGCCUUUAUUUUAUUUUUCUACUAAGUGUACU